AGAAGCAGUGCGGGUAAAGCUUGCAUCCAGUAGGGGUCAGUAGAGAAAUGCACCCCUCACGAUUCCUAGUUCAGGAGGAAGAUCACAGCGACCUUUUUCCUCCCGUUUAUACAUGAUGGCGGCCGCGUUGAGAGGGAGUCUAGUAACAUUGGCCAAGGGUCUGAGUGGUGCCCGGUUGCAGCCGUUGUGCGCCCGCUCUCUGAGUUUGACUUCCAGUCAAAAUGUUUCGGAAAGUCCCCCGGCACGUGCUGACAGCACCUUCAAGGUUACAAUGGUCCCUGGAGAUGGAGUUGGACCUGAGCUGAUGACUGCCGUCAAAGAGGUUUUCAAGGCAGCUGAUGUUCCUGUGGAGUUUGAGGAGUUUCAUCUGAGCGAAGUGCAGAACAUGGCCAGCGAGGAGAAACUGGAAGAGGUGUUGUGCUCCAUGAAGAACAACAGAGUUGCCAUCAAAGGAAAGAUUCACACUCCUAUGGAGUACAAGGGUGAACUGGCAUCAUAUGAGAUGAGAUUGAGGAGAAAGCUGGACCUGUUUGCCAAUGUGGUUCAUGUGAACAGCCUGCCUGGAUACAGCACCCGCCACAAUAACCUGGAUCUGGUCAUCAUACGGGAGCAGACAGAGGGAGAAUACAGCUCACUGGAGCAUGAGAGUGUCUCUGGAGUGGUUGAGUGCCUCAAGAUCAUCACCAGGGAGAAAUCUCGCCGCAUCGCUAAAUUUGCAUUCGACUACGCCACCAAGAAAGGCCGCAGCAAAGUGACUGCUGUCCACAAAGCAAACAUUAUGAAACUUGGGGAUGGUCUUUUCCUGCAGAGCUGUGCGGAAGUGGCUGAACUUUACCCUAAGAUUAAAUAUGAAAACAUCAUCAUUGAUAACUGCUGCAUGCAGCUGGUGCAGAAUCCUUAUCAGUUUGAUGUGCUAGUGAUGCCAAAUCUCUACGGCAACAUCAUUGAUAACCUGGCAGCAGGGCUGGUGGGCGGAGCUGGAGUAGUUCCAGGCGAGAGUUACAGCGCAGAAUAUGCUGUGUUUGAAACGGGUGCCAGACAUCCCUUCGCUCAGGCUGUCGGCAGGAAUAUCGCAAACCCUACCGCUAUGCUCCUCAGUGCAUCCAACAUGCUGAGACACCUCAAUCUUGAAUAUCAUUCAAACAUGGUGUCUGAGGCUGUCAAGAAAGUCAUUAAGCAGGGCAAGGUAAGGACGCGAGACCUAGGGGGUUACAGCACCACUGGUGACUUUGUCCGUGCGGUUGUGGCCAACCUGCGCCAUCGGACUGUUUGAAGAUGCUUGCCAAUGUCUAUCCCGGAUCACCCUAUAUGUGCCACUUCUGAUCUAAAUUUGUUGAAAGCUUUGUCAUAUUCUACAUUUUCUUUUCCCGUUUCUUGCUUUCAUUUUCUCUCAUUUGUCUGGCUGGUUACUGAUUUCUGUUUUUUGGUUCUUUUAAUGCAUCCAUGUACAUUUAUUUUCAUUUCUGUUUGUUACAUUAUGCAUCUUUAACCUGAAUUACACUUCUGUUUAAAAGUUUGGAGUCAGUAUAAUUUUUUUGUAUUUUCUUUUAGUUACUAAUGCUCACCAAAGCUGGAUUUAUUUAAUCAAAAAUGCAGUAAAAACAGUAAAAUUACAAAAUAAUAUAUAAUAAUACAGUUACAAAUAAUGAAUGUCUGAAUGUUCUUCAUAAAUCACAUAAACCUUCAGAAAUCAUUCUAACAUGCUGAUUUGGUGCUUAAGAAACAUUUCUUGUUGUGUUUUUUUUUUUUUUUUUUUUUUUUUUUUUUUU